GAGCGCGGAUGGUGAGGCGGAGAGGGAGGGAGCGCAGAGCGAGAGAGCAUCGCCACAGCGCAGCACAGAGCCACAGUCACACAGAGCUGUCUGAGCGCAGUGGAGGGAAGGACGCACUCUCCACAGCGCUUCUGGUCUGCCGGACAGUGGGGUACAUCAGACCCACACACACACUCACACAGUCAAGGACAUAUGUGAGCGGGCUGCGUCUCUGCUGAGAAGAUUCCGAGGAGUCUACAUCCAGGAUUCAGGGAUUUUGCGCAAGUCAUGGCAUUUGUUUGGAAACUAAAACACUGCACUCCGCCGGCGACAACUAAUUCACAAAGAUGAGUCACCGAGAGGAUGUUCGACAACGUUCAGUGGUUCCGUGUUUUUUUCUGGCGGGACAAAGUCCGGUAAGCCGCGCGAUUCUCACCCACAGAGCGAUAAGCGUCUCUCGGUCACCUUCUGAAAUGAUGUCUUGUGGCGACGUGCGUGGCGCGCCAGAGUGCGUGUGAGUGACUGACCGAUAGUCUUUCUGAGAGAGAAAGAGAAAGAGAGGCUGGAUAUAAACAGCAGCCAGGCUUUCAGGCAGCGACAGCCGGUCACCCAGAGAAGCCAUCUCGACUCUCUCUCAGCUCCUCAGACCCAUGCAGGAUGCCCGGAGAGCGCCGGGGAGUCCUGGUCCAGCUCAGCCCGAGUUCAUGACGCUCUGGGCGGCCUCGUCAUGCGUCUCUUGCCCGAGCCCAGCGCCCAAUCCCUCCGGCUCCUCUUCCUCUUUAUCUUCGUGAUGGGGGUGGCCCCCUCACCGGCUCUCACAGCCGGCUGCCCCGACAGAUGCGUGUGCGACGACCAGCUGGUGGUCCAGUGCGCCGGACAGGAGCUCACCCAGUUCCCCAAUGUGCCUCUGGCCACCCGGCAGCUCAUCAUCUCCAACAACCGUAUCGGGGACCUGCCGGCGCUGCAGCUCAACUACCUGUCCGAUCUGGUCUAUCUGGACUGCAGCAACAACUCUCUGACCGAGAUCUCCGAGUCCACCUUCGGGAACUUGCGCAAACUCGCUUACCUGGACUUGUCUUUUAACACCCUGCUGCAGAUCGAGGACCGGACUUUCGGGCCCCUGGCGUCUCUGGUGAUGCUCCGGCUGACGGAUAACCCGAGUCUGGGGGAGAUCCACUCGGAUGCCUUCUCGGAGAACAUGGCUCUGCAGGUGCUGGAUGUGAGCCGGAACAACCUGACGGCCCUCAACAUCAGCAGCCUGAUCGCCCUGCCUGCUCUGCGCUCUCUGGGGCUCAGCGGCAACCCCUGGAGGUGCGACUGUGACACGGAGGACCUCUGCCUGUGGGUGCAGAUAGAGGGCUUCAAAUUCCAAGACGAAGGCCAGACAGUUUGCCACAGUCCCCUAGAGCUGGCAGGCCAGCGGUUGGCGGAGGUCGGCAUGCAGCUGCGGGCAGACUGCCACCAAGGCCUGGGCUACUGGGACUACCUCUUCUUCAUCGCCAUCGGCUUCGUCAUCUUCUCGGCCGGCACGGUGUCAGCCUGGGUGAUGGGCGUGCUCAUGGUGCUCUAUGAGCGCUACAGCAAGCGGAAGAGCGAGGAGCUGGACAGCGAUGACGAGGACGAUAGAGGAGGGAUGGGCGGAGGAGGGGGAGGAGGAGGAGGAGGGAACCAAGGGAACGGGGAUCUGAGCAAGCCUGGCAUGCAGGUGUGACAGACCGAUGAGGAAGAACAUGAGAACAGGAAAGACAGAGAGGAGGAAACAGAAGUGAUGAGAGGACUCUGAGACCAAAGGCUCUGCAACGAACCAAGAUCUGACUGUCUCUCUUUGAGUUAGAUAUCGCAAUAUGCUCUUUAACAUAUUGGACAGAAAGUGUGUGUGUGUGUGUGUGUGUGUGUGUGUGUGUGUGUGUGUGUGUGUGUGAGAGAGAGAGAGAGAGAGAAAGAGAAAGAGAGACAGACAGAGACAGCAAUAAGGAUGACUAUGCCUUCACUUCAGGAGUACAGAAUGACCUCUGAGAUUACUGAGAGCAAUAACCCCCAUACACACAGCUACCCACACACAUGCACGCACACACAUGCACAGACACACACACACACACACACACACACACACACUCACUGCCUGUCUCAGCACAGAUACUCUAUGGAGCUGGAUUCUCUGACUGGGCGGAUGUACCUGUAUACUAUGUGAAGUGCUCUUGAGUAACACCCUGAAAAUGAUAAUUAUAACAAUGUGAGCAACACAUUCAAACACACACAAACACACACACACACACACACACACAAACACACACACACACUGACUACAUCCAUGCCAAAUACAUUAGAAGAUACUGGGAGUCACAAAGAGAGUGAUGCCUUAGCUCUGCUACAAUAAAAAAAAAGGGAAAUCUAGUAAGUAUCAGUAUUAAAAUGUGUUUUUCCUGAAUGCCUUAAGGCAACUCACUUGAAAUAGUGAACAGUCACUGUUGUCUCUUAUAGACAGAAUCUGUCCAGAAAAAGCAAAAGUACAUUUUGGGUCAUAACAGAUAAGACAAUGACAAAAUAAUGUGAAUGUAAAACUAAGAAUGGACUGCAAUAACAAAUAUAACCUUACAGUUUGGGGACUUGGAGCUGCUUGUGGGAUUAACAUGUUACUUUUGAAGUUUAAAGGCACCCUGUGGAGUUUUUGAAUACUAGUGGUGCUAUUGAGCAAUGAUUUGGUGAGUAGGUCUCCUUUAUGUUUGUAUCUUGUGCCCUACUUGUAUGAGACAGUGACGGUUUUCUGCUUUGAUACUGACGGACAGUCAGAGGAGAAUCAUUGUAGCAUCUAACAGACAUGAUUGUUAGUUUCAACAUACUUUCAAAACUCAGCUUUGUUAAAAGGCUACAAGGAAACAAACAAAUGCAUUUAUGUGAUAAGUUCUGAAUGUAAACAUAAUUGUCUUUGUUAACAAGCAAACUCCACAGGGCACCUUUUAAAGAGCAACUUGACACCCCUCUGAAAAUCUUGUUUUUGCCGACUUCCAGUUGGUUUUACCCUCCUGUGAUAUAGAAGGAGCGUAACACCCUGAGUGUGUCACUACUCUGUGACAUCGCUGUUGGGUGUUGUUACAGGUGCAACACCCGGUGACCCCCAUCAGUAGUCCAUUUUUAAUUCAAUUCAAUUUUGCAUCCAAAUGUAGCACAAAUUUUAACUGAAUAGAAAAUCAGCAAAAGAAAAUACAAAUGAAAGCCGCAUCUCCAUUCACUGCGUGUGAUGUGAAUAUGAGGAGUUGUGGUCACGUGCUUCAUGUAUGUCAUGAUUUAUACGCUGUUUCCACGGCACAGGGAAACACUGCAUCCGCCUUGAAGGAUGGGCAGACGAAGUCUACCUAUAGCGACACUAUGUGACUGUAUCAUAUCUUUUGUGUAGUGUGUGUGUGUGUAUGUUUAUCUUCAUGUUUCUGUGUGUACACGCUUUCCUGCACUGCAAGCCGCUCUGCGGUAGUUCCUCACUCCGCUCUACUUGGUCUUCAAAACCUGCUGUAGUUGUAGAAGUGGGGCAGGUUCAUGGUGGCUGCACAUGAAGACGGCGUCAGGGUGAUUGAGUCAGUCAUAUAGCUAACAAUGACUGUACACUAUGUGACCGGAAGCCUCGCUCGGCUGACCUCAUGUUACAGUCGUGCACAUACAGACCGCAGUCUAUUUCCCAGCUGUCAGUGUGGAAGUAAGCCUCAGGAGUAGUAGUAGUGUGUAUGUUCAUGUAUGCGUGACUGCGUGUGUGUGUGUGUGUGUGUGUGUGUGUGUGUGUGUGUGUGUGUGUGUUUAAGUGGAGCAGAGCGAUCACAGAGUAUCUCUGUGAGCAGCAUGGACGAGUGAUUCAUGAGCCCAGACUGAUCCUCCUCCAUCCUGAUCCGCUUCCGCUCCGUCCGGCACGGGACGGAUGGGCAGUUAGAGAUGAUAAACGACAAACUCUGGAUAGAGGUGGGGUGGAGGAAGAGCGGGGGUCACCAUCAGAAGCGGGAAUUCAUCCUGACUGAUGUACUGAGCAGCUUUAUUGAAAGACUGAUUGAUAGUUGGGCUUUUAUUAAUUUCUGAGCUGAGUGGCUUUAAAUGCCUUGGAUGAAUGGGCAUGACUAAAUGAUAACUCUCUAGAGGGUUUGGCAGACCGUGUGUGUGUGUGUAUAUGUGUGUGUGUGUGUGUGUGUGUCAAUGAGUAUGUCUGUGCUUACAUGUGUGCAUGUUUAUGGUUAUUUCCAUCUUGGUUUAUGAUCACCUGUAUGACAGUAUAUCUAUAGGUGGAUGCAGAAGAGUGAUAACAGUUUUUUGUUUUAUAUUAUUAUAGGAGGGUAAUUUGUAAUCAAAAUCUGUCACACACACUUCCUCCCUCACUCAAACACAAGAAUCUGCUCACUCUUUCCCUCACACACACACUUGCACACGCAUGCAGACUCACCCACAUGCACAAUAAAACUCAAGGGCACAGCUAAAGUCAGAGACGCAGGCCCGAGAACAUUAACACUCCUGUUUUGGUCUCUCUUACCAUGCUUCACUACACCCUCUUAUCCUCCCCUCCAACCUCAAUCUGACACUGUUAUCAGCUUUCACACAAUGCCAGCACACACACACACACACACACUGCACCUAUAAGUUAUCUGUUAAAUCUUUAGGCUGUCAUUAUCAGAUCAUUUGUUCAAAGGGAAGCUUAGAGGCUUUAAAGGACCUGCAGACUGCUGGUGUCAAUACUUCUUAGGUUACAUCAUAUUCAUAAAAAGACAUUUGACCUACGUGAGCGUGACCUCACAGCUACAUACCUGAACAUACCCCUAAACAUAACGCUUCCUGUUUGGAAGGAGCACAGCUACUUUGCUCGGCUGAAUGUCAGUCCGUUUAGCGGACAGAAAAUGUCAGUCCUCAACCAACAGUAGGUCAGAGGACAGCGGAGUCAGUCAGUGUGCCAAAAGGAUGUGAGCAGUGUGUAUCUAAAUAUACGUGUAUGUGUGUGUGUGUGUGUGUGUUCGGUGUGUGUGUGUGUGUGUGUGUGUGUGUGUGUGUGGGGUGCCAUCCUGGUGUUAACUCGUCACAGGACAGAACAUAGGACGGAGUAAAAAUAUCAUUGAUCUAAGACGAAGAGGGCUUGAGUUUUGUGUGUGUGUGUGUGUUUGUGCACACAUGUAGGAGGUGUCAAAGGGUGUGAUAUGCUGUGAGGGGGGGUAGACGUUUUUGAGAAAUAUUUACAUUAGUGACUUGCCGGAAGAUGUGAUGUGAAUGUUGAUGUAGAGGAGUCACUGCAGCUAUUGUACGCUGGAGGAAAGCGUAACAUUUUGUGGCAGAGGAGCUCAAAAAAAUUGUGUUGUUGCUCAGAAAAUCAUUGCCGAGGGCGGUGUUCUGGAUGUAGCUGGCGUAAGCAAGUCAUGAUGAAUAUGGGAGGGGCUGCUUUCUAACUUCUCCCCUCCUCUUGUCAUGUCCUGACACUUGUUUGUGUGUGUGUGUGACUGUGAGUGUGUGUGCGUGUGUGCGUGUGUGUGUGUGUGUGUGUGUGGUCCAUCCAUACAUUAUUACGCAGAGGAGAAAACAUCAUUAGCCUGCUGAUCAGAGAUCAGGGUGCUGUGUUGGCUCGCUGUUAGAGCUGCAGAUUGCAGAUGUCCUCAAAGGCAACAGAACUGCAGAGACUGAACAGUCCUCAUUUUAUGUGUGCGUGUGUGUGUGCGUGUGUGUGUGUGUGUGUGUGUGUGUGUGUCUGUGUGUGUGUUCUGAUAGUGAUACAGAUUCCAAAAUACCUGCUGAUAUACACGAUACUAUGUCUUUUGUUUGUCGUUUCUUUUAGAGCUGUCUUUAGUUUUGUACAUCAUAAAUCAUAAGAAAUAAAGAAUUUAAGGAUGACAAAUGGAUGAAAAGUAGUUUUCUAAGACUUUACUUGUUAAUACUGAAAAAAACUGACUUGAAUUCUUGUGCUGUAAUAGAACAGGAAUUCUUACAUGAAUAAAAACUACUCAAUUAAAUAUUGUAAGAAUUUUCAUACCACUAACACAUCUGCAAAUCUUUUAAUUGUCUUUUCUUUUUUUUUUACUCAUACAUCGGUGGUGAUAGUAAGUCAUGAGAUACAUUCAUUCUGGGUAUUAAACAGCAUCUGUAGUUCGAUUCAUUCAUCAUCUUAAAGUUCUAAUCCUUGAGACUUUCAUGAAAACAAGCCCCAUUUACGACACUAUUAAAGGCUUUCAUUUAGUCAGCAAUAGCCAUUUAUAUUCUGUAAUCACCUGUCAAUAUAGAAGCUUUUAUUGUUAGUGGCAGAGUCUGCCAUUUACUUGCUGCGUCCAGCUUGCCUUCACACAAAGGAGGGAUACAAUGAGACGUGUGUGUAAUACAGCCCCAUACAGCAAAACAAGGUGUCAGAGCUGUAUUUAAGUUAUUGCGAAUACAAACAUAACGGUUCCUGCUGCUGCUUCACAUUAAAAGCAUUUAACUUGUGGCUUUUAUUGUGAAGGUUGCAAUUAUUAUUGACUUCUUUAUAAAAACAACAUGAGCUUGUUUGGUUGUGCUGUAAACAUACAGCGUACCAAUACACCAGCUGCCCUUCUGUUGCAUGUCUGACAGAGUAGCUGUUCAGGGAAGGUCGUACUGAUGUCACCAUGGUAACCACAGGUGUCACCACAUUAACCGGGACUCAAAGCUAAGGAUUAAAAGUUUAAGUUUACUUCAAGCGUCCAUUUAUAUCAAUACUUGUCUGUCCUUACUGUGAGUGUGUGUGUUUGUGUGUGUGUGCAGGUGCAUGUGUGUGUACGUGUGUGUAAGUGUGUGUGUGUGUAAGUGUGUGUGUGCAUUUUGCACCUUCUGCAGUAGCCUGGAGAUCAAUUCUACAGAUACCCUCCACUCUGUGAGGAAGGUAAAAGCAAUCUCAGAGAUUCUCAAACACUAACACACACACACACACACACACACACACCACACACACACACACACACACAUACACACACAAAGCAAAGAGAAAACACUCUCAUGGACCGCGGUCAUCCCUGAGCCUCGCUGCGUCCACUUGUAUAAGUCGAUUUCCUGUAUUGGACGCGGUCUGUCUUGUUAUGUGUAUAUGACUCACAGAUGUGACACGUGGACACACACCACAAAACACGCAAUACCUAGAAAGUGGGCACCGGGAUACAGGUCAGGUCAGGGGCUUAGAGCGGGAAGCAGAGGCUCAUAGAUGACUUCAGUGAAUGCCCACGUGAAUGUAUUCUCUCCCCUCUUUAACUGUCCUCGCACCCUGCUCCCACCUGCUUGGCUCACAGUCACUUUCUCCUCCUUUCCUCCCCCCUCCUCCCUUCAAUUUCAGUUGUGCUGCCAACUGCUCAGUCGCUCUGCUCACACCACUGGCAGAGAGCGGACUCUAAUCCUUCACGCGGCCCUCGAAACUCUUCCUGCUGGAUCUUACAGCUUCUGAGAGCUUCCUGUGAGAGAGACAGGAAGGCUUUCAGACAGACAGAUGGACGCAUCGACAGAGAAAGUGACUGACUUGGCUUGUAGACCGACAGACAGGAAUGGCAAAUGUAUACAGUACAAAGAACACAAAACCCCAGAAGCACAACAGCAAUGCUAGAGAAAAAACAUUUUGUGUUCACACUACCACUACUGCGUGUUUGUGAGUAAGUGAGUGAGUGUGUGUGUGUGUGUGUGUGUGUGUGUGUGUGUGUGUGUGUUCGGUCUGAUCCCGUUAUUUCUCUGAGGGCGAUCUUAGAGCGUGAGCAUGAAGCACAGAGACCAUCUAAUGCAAUAAGUCAAUAAUACAUCCCAUCAUUGCACACACACACACACACACACAGAGCACAAAACAGCCUUCCAGGGGUAACGAUGAGCCUUCUUUUCGAAGCAGCUCAUGUCUCUAGAUUCUCCUUUAUACGUCCCGAUCUACAGCAGGGUAAAGGUCGCGCUCUCGUCUCAUUUGUCUUAGGAGGUGAAAAUCACACGUGUGGGAUAUUCAAACAGAAGCAGGAGAGGUGAAAAGUCAAAAACGCAACAACUGUUUAUGCAUCACUUUCAGCGUGACCCCACUUUGAGACCUUACACACACACACACACACACACACACACAUAGAGAUACACGCUUUCUAGCAUAAAAGCUAUUCUGUAAAUGACAUUGUGAGGGAGCAGAGGAGAGUGUGGCUGUCAGCAGGAUUCCCUCUGCUUGCUUGCCCUUGAAUGGCGUUAAGAGGAGCCUGAGAGGAGAGGAGAUGAUUGUACCAUGAAGGACAACACCGUCAUUAAACGACCAUGCUAGAGUAGAAAGGAUAAUUGUCAGACUUAACGGGAAUUUCUGGUAUCUUUCACUGGUCUUGCUAACUAUGCAGUCGCCACCUCCGUGUAAGAGAUCCAGAAUGUUUGACUCCUGCAAAGAAGACGUUAAUCAGGGCAAGCAGUGGACAGCCCCCCCCCAAAGCACUUUACAAAUAAAGUUACUGUAAUUUUUUCUCAACGCUGGCCGUCUAACAAAAGAAAAAGUGUUCAGUGUUAACGAGGAGCUUUGAAAGCAUGACCUUUCCAGGAAAAAGUAAAUACUGAGUGGACUGUAAAAUGUGAAACAAGCCAGUCAGUAAGUAACAGUACUGUAAAGGAGAAAACAAUCAUUGUCAGUCUCGCUGUCCAUCCGAGAAAAGUCAAUAUAGUAUGAUUCAAACUGGAAGUGAAGGCAGCAUUUGUAUAUUUCUGUAUGUAUAAGCUAAAAGAAACUCUUCAAAUGAGCCAGAACUAGUUGUAGUUCUUGUGGUUUUAAUUAAGGAAGUGUGAGGUGUGAAAAGUGACAAACAAGCGCCUUUUCCAACAUGCCGUGAUUGUAACUAGCAGAGUGAGACGCAGAGGUCAGAGGUCACGAGAAGGAUAGAGACAGAUGUUUCAUAAUUAUAUGAACGUGACACACUUUCUAUACAGUAGAAACACACAUACACACACACACACACACACACACACACACACACACACACAAACACAACCACCACGCUCAGCAGCAACGCACCUGAGGGUCUCUGACCUAUAUUACAUGGGGUCUAUGCACACACACACACACACACACACACACACACACACAAACACAACAGUCUGUUAAUGAUCACUGGGCUAUAAUCUUGGUUGUCUGACUUACCGUAGCUCUCCUGUUUCUAGUCUCUCAUCUUUGGCUUUACACACUCCUACACACAAACACACACACAUACACACACACUGAACACACUCAGACUAUUAUUGUAUGAAUCUACACAGAAUUUGCUUCUGUAUGACUUAGCGGUUCUGGCUAUUUAAAAACUGCAGUAACUUAUAUUAAGUACCAUUUUAUCUUUUACUAUUAUUAAAAUGAUAGACU